CCGGUCUGUCAUCGAAAAAAGCAGCCACGUUCGGUCGCUUUGCAAGUUUGCUGUAGAAGGCACCUUAUUUCCCCGGUACUGUAGCCUAAUUUUGUCGAUUUUUCGGUAAAACUAGGCAUAUUGUCGGUGUCGGAUAGUGUGUUUACGAUGAGCGAAACGAUUAGCUGUACGCCGGAGAUUGCGACGUUCGAGCCGCCGCAACUCCAAUGCAACGAAGAUAGCUGGGGUCCUUGUGAGCUACCAGAUGCAUUCAAGGACAUUCCGUAUCAACCGUUCAGCAAGAGCGAUCGUUUAGGAAAGAUCAGCGACUGGACGGGCACGGCCCAGACAGACAAGAAGUUUUCGAAUAAGUACGCAUCUCAAUUCGGUGGAGGCAGCCAGUAUGCUUACUUCCACGAGGAAGAUGAGACGACAUUCCAUCUGGUCGAUAGUGCGAGGAUCCAGAAGCCUCCGCACCAACGGGGCCGCUUCCGUGGCAACAUGCGGAACAAUCGCUCGGGUCGCGGUCGUGGUGCCCGUGGUGGUGUGCAGGUCGGUGGCAUGACGACUCUCUCCAAGAGUGCGUCUAAGUUGCGAGACCAGCGACGUGGUACUACCCGCAAGUGGGGCAUGCGUGGACCACCGCCCAAGAUACGCGAUGCCUCGGUUACGGUUCGUCCGGAUUGGGUAACGAUCGAGGAGAUGGAUUUCCCGCGGUUGGCCAAACUGUCGCUGCCGAGCGUGAAGGAAGGCGAAGACAUUAUGACUUGCGGCACGCUGGAGUACUACGACAAAACGUACGAUCGUGUUAACGUGAAGAACGAGCGACCGCUGCAAAGUGUCGAUCGUAUCUUCCACACCGUCACGACGACGGACGAUCCGAUCAUCCGUCAGCUGUCGAAAACGCAAGGAAAUGUGUACGCGACUGAUGCCAUCUUGGCCACUAUUAUGUGUUGUACACGUUCGAACUAUUCGUGGGAUAUUGUGAUCGAUAAAAUUGGCGGCAAACUGUUUAUGGACAAGCGCGAUAACACCGAGUUCGAUCUGCUGACUGUGAACGAAACGGCCAGCGAGCCCCCGCAGGAAGAUGGCAGUUCGCUGAACUCGCCAAGAAACUUGGCCAUCGAGGCUACGUUCAUCAAUCACAACUUCAGCCAGCAGGUGCUGAAGAGUGGCGAAAAGGAGCCGAAGUAUAAGUUUGACCAACCGAACCCAUUUAUCGGGGACGAUGAGGAUGGCGAAGUGGCCAGCGUUGCCUACCGCUAUCGCAAGUGGGAUCUGAACAAUGGUAUUACGCUGGUGGCUCGGUGCGAACAUGAUGCGGUGCUGAAAAUGCCACAGGGCGACACCCAAUUCCUGACGAUUAAGGCACUGAACGAGUGGGACUCGAAGAUCGCGAAUGCUGUCGAGUGGCGUCAGAAGCUGGACACGCAGCGUGGUGCCAUCCUGGCGAACGAGCUGCGCAACAACUCGUGCAAGCUUGCUAAGUGGACGGUACAGGCCCUGUUGGCCGGCUCGGAUCAGCUCAAGUUCGGUUAUGUGUCCCGUGCGCACGUGCGCGACUCGUCCAAGCACGUGAUUCUCGGUACGCAGCAGUUUAAACCGCAAGAGUUUGCUAACCAGAUCAAUCUGAGCAUGGACAAUGCGUGGGGCAUUCUGCGGUGCAUCAUCGACAUCUGCAUGAAGCAGAAGGACGGCAAGUAUCUGAUCAUGAAGGAUCCGAACAAGCCGAUGGUGCGGCUGUACGACAUCCCGGACAAUACGUUCGAUUCGGAUGGUGAGGGAGAGGAGGGUGAUGAUGGGGAAGCUUUCCAGCCGAUGUACGGCUUUUCGGCUGCGGCACCUUCCAGUGCGGCCGCCGCACAAUCCAACACGACCGCCACGGUAGCGGACCAGAGCGAAAAGGCGAGCGCUUAACAGGGAGG